UAUGUCUCCGGGGGGUCUCUGGGACUCUCACUCUGCCUCACACUCUGUUGCUCUACGGUGCCCCUGGUGUGGAGUUCACAGGCUUGCAUCGAGACACAGCCACUGUCACCCAAAUGCACUUCCUGCCUGGGCAGGGCCGUCUCAUGACCCUGCUGGACGACAGCAGCCUCCAUCUCUGGGAGAUCGUCCACCACAAUGGCUGUGCCCACCUGGAGGAAGUGCAUAGUUUUCAGCUGCCUAGCCGGCCAGGUUUUGAUGGAGCCAGUGGCCCACCCAGCCUUGCCCGAGUCACGGUGGUCCUGCUGUUGGCUGCUGGUGAUACUGCAGCCCUGGGCACCGAGGGAGGCAGUGUCUGCUUCCUGGAUGUUGCCAACUUGACGCUGCUGGAGGGGCAGACCCUUGGCCCAGAGGAGGUGCUGCGAAGUGUGCCAGAUGACUACCGGUGUGGGAAGGCGCUGGGCCCCGUGGAGUCACUCCAGGGACACCUACGGGACCCCACCAAGAUCCUCAUCGGCUACAGCCGGGGCCUGCUAGUUAUCUGGAACCAGGUCACGCAGUGUGUGGACCAAGUCUUCCUGGGCAACCAGCAGCUGGAGAGCGUGUGCUGGGAGCGCAGCGGUAGCACGCUGGUCAGCUCACACAGUGACGGUAGCUAUGCCGUCUGGCCUGUAGACACUGGCAGCUCCCCAGUAUCGCAGCCCACGGUAGCCACCACUCCCUAUGGCCCUUUCCCCUGUAAAGCCAUCAACAAGAUUCUGUGGCGAAACUGUGAAUCCGGGAGCCACUUUAUCAUCUUCAGUGGUGGCAUGCCACGUGCCAGCUAUGGCGACCGCCACUGUGUGAGUGUGCUCCGGGCCGAGACUCUGGUGACGCUGGACUUCACCUCCCGCAUCAUCGACUUCUUCACAGUGCACAGCGCACGGCCCGAGGACGAAUUCGACGAGCCCCAGGCCCUGGCUGUGCUGCUUGAAGAGGAAUUGGUGGUGCUAGAUCUGCAGACGCCUGGCUGGCCGGCCAUACCUGCUCCCUACCUGGCCCCUCUGCACUCGUCCGCUAUCACCUGCUCAGCCCACGUCGCCAGUGUCCCUGCCAAGCUGUGGGCCCGCAUUCUGAGCGCGGGCGAGCAGCAGAGUCCGCAGCCUGCCUCUAGCGCCUUGAGCUGGCCCAUCACUGGGGGUCGAAACCUGGCCCAGGAGCCAUCACAGCGAGGGCUGCUGCUGACUGGCCAUGAGGAUGGCACUGUGAGGUUCUGGGAUGCCUCUGGUGUGGCACUGCGGCCACUCUACAAGCUGAGCACAGCUGGACUCUUCCAGACGGACUGUGAGCAUGCUGACAGCCUGGCCCAGGCCGCUGAGGAUGACUGGCCACCCUUCCGCAAGGUUGGCUGCUUUGACCCCUACAGUGAUGACCCCCGGCUUGGUGUGCAGAAGGUGGCUCUCUGCAAGUACACAGCCCACAUGGUGGUGGCUGGCACUGCAGGCCAGGUGCUGGUGCUCGAGCUAAGCGAUGUGCCAUCGGAGCAGGCGGUCAGCAUGGCCAGUGUGGACCUCCUCCAGGACCGCGAGGGUUUCACCUGGAAGGGCCACGAGCGACUGAGCCCACGCACGGGGCCGCUGCCCUGGCCUGCCGGCUUCCAGCCCCGUGUGUUGGUUCAAUGCCUUCCGCCAGCCGCCGUCACAGCCAUCACGCUCCACGCUGAGUGGAGCCUCGUAGCCUUUGGCACCAGUCAUGGCUUUGGCCUCUUCGACUACCAGCGCAAGAGCCCUGUUCUGGCCAGAUGCACCCUUCACCCCAAUGACUCCCUAGCCAUGGAGGGGCCUCUCUCCCGGGUGAAGUCACUCAAAAAGUCACUGCGCCAGUCUUUCCGGCGCAUUCGCAAGAGCCGGGUCUCGGGCAAGAAGCGGACUCCUCAUGCCAAUAGCAAGUUACAGGAGGCCAACGCACAUCUGGCAGAGCAGGUUUGCCCCCACGAUGUGGAGAUGACCCCUGUGCAGCGCCGCAUAGAACCCCGCUCGGCCGACGACUCCCUCUCUGGGGUCGUGCGCUGCCUGUACUUCGCUGACACUUUCCUUCGAGAUGCGGCCCACCACGGGCCCACCAUGUGGGCAGGCACCAACUCUGGCUCUGUGUUCGCCUAUGCGCUGGAGGUGCCUGCGGCAGCGGCGGGCAAUGAGAAGCGACCUGAGCGGGCAGUGGAGGCCGUGCUGGGCAAGGAGGUGCAGCUGAUGCAUCGUGCGCCUGUGGUGGCCAUUGCUGUGUUGGACGGGCGCGGCCGCCCACUGCCUGAGCCCUAUGAGGCCUCACGGGACCUGGCACAAGCGCCCGACAUGCAGGGUGGCCAUGCCGUGCUCAUCGCCUCUGAGGAGCAGUUCAAGGUGUUCACACUGCCCAAAGUGAGCGCCAAGACCAAGUUCAAGCUCACAGCCCACGAGGGCUGUCGUGUGCGGAAGGUGGCCCUGGCCACGUUUGCCAGUGCGACCUGUGAGGACUACACUGAGACCUGCCUGGCCUGCCUCACCAACCUGGGUGACGUGCAUGUCUUCUCGGUGCCCGGCCUGCGGCCCCAGGUGCACUAUGCCUGUAUCCGCAAGGAGGACAUCAGCGGCAUCGCCUCUUGUGUCUUCACACGCCAUGGCCAGGGUUUUUAUCUGAUUUCCCCAUCUGAGUUCGAACGCUUUUCCCUAAGUGCCCGGAACAUCACAGAACCACUCUGCACUCUGGACAUUGGCUGGCCCCACGAUGCUGCUCGUUCCAGGCUCCAACGGUCACCCAAGCUGAGCCACGCUAAUGGGACCCCAGGUGUUGUCCUGUCCCCACCGAGUCAUGAUGAAAGUCCUGAUCCUGUCCAGAGCAAGGGAGAUGGUAAUGCAGAGCCACCUGAGGCCUCCCUUUCACCAAUGUCCAUUGACUCAGCCACAAGUGCUGACACCACACUGGAUACCACAGGGGAUGUCACAGUGGAAGAUGUGAAGGAUUUCCUGGGAUCUUCAGAGGAAUCUGAGAGGAAUCUGAGGAACCUGGUAGAAGAUGAUACUCGAGCCUGCACCAUUCUGAUUAAAUGAGGAACACCAGAACUGCCUGACCACUACGUGCUCUGCUCGAAGCUGGGCUGCAGGACCCUGGCUCUUCAUAUAGACCCACACCUGCUACCCUGGGGGUCCCAGUGAGACCUAUGCACCCCUGGUCCCAGGGCAGCCCCAGGAGGUGGGUCUGGACUCCAGGCAGAGCCUCAAGGGCCUGCUGGGCCCCUGCGUAGGCACUCGGCGACUCAAGGCUGGGGCUGGCAGCUGGGCCCCAGCUGGGCCCCUCUGUUCCUCAUAGUC